AGUGCCUUGUUCCUUAACCUGCACAUAGGAAAUCCCAGCAAUGUUUAAAACCUCAAGAGCAGCUUGGACUCUCUGUCUGCACUAGGAAUUAAUCAGGGGCCAAAGUGAGAUCUUGAGGAGUGUCGCUGCGGUCUCUGGAGAUGGAGGCUGGCCUCAGUGAGUGCUGAGAUGUGGCAUCUGUGGGGCUGGGAGAUAAACCUGGCUCUGGCUCUGCUCCCUGGUCAGCUACGUCUGGCUCUGCAGGGCAGGUGUCCCAAGUCUUUUAAGCAGAGAGAUGCAGGGCGCUGAGCCCCAGCCCUUCCUCUCUGAAAGGUUGCUAGCAGAUCAGAACACCACUUCCUUCCUGGUUUUUCUCUGAACAACCUGUUGUGAAUCAAUCCAAGAAUGAACAAAUGUAAGAAGCCUUACGUUGACCAGACUACAAACCUUGAAAAGUUCAGUCCUGAAAUUAUUUCCGAAAUUGAAAAGCUCUUUGCAAAGAAGUUUACUUACACUAAGCCAGUAAAUAAUGAAUGGCAGCUACCAGAUCCCAGCGAUGCUUUUACGUGCGAUCACAAGGAAUUCAACUCGCUCCUGGCUCUGAAGGACUCGAUGAAUGAAGUGAAGAAUCAACUGAGUGAUAAGAACCUGAAUGAAUGGCAUCAGCACACCUCGUUUACCAAUAAAGCUGGGAAAAUAAUUCCUCAUGUGAAGAAAUCUCUGAAUGCUGAGCUCUGUACCCAGGCGUGGUGCAAGUUUCACGAGAUCCUAUGCAGUUUUCCUCUUCUCCCUGAAGAAGCUCUUCAGGAUGGAGAGCUGAAUUCUGUCCACCUCUGUGAAGCACCCGGAGCUUUUAUAGCCAGUCUCAAUCACUACUUGAAAUCCCACCAUGUCCCUUGCGACUGGAAUUGGGUAGCUAAUACUCUAAACCCAUAUCACGAAGCAAAUGACACCCUUAUGAUGAUCAUGGAUGACCGUCUUAUAGCAAAUACAUUGCCGUGGUGGUACUUUGGCCCGGAUAACACUGGUGAUGUGAUGACAUUGAAACAUCUAACAGGACUCCAGAACUUUGUAAGUAAUAUGAGCACCGUUCACCUGGUAACUGCUGAUGGCAGCUUUGAUUGCCAGGGGAAUCCAGGGGAACAGGAGGCUCUUGUCUCACCCCUUCAUUACUGUGAAACAGUCACUGCUUUAAUGAUCCUGGGCGCUGGGGGAUCCUUUGUUUUGAAGAUGUUCACGCUGUUUGAACACUGUUCUACCAACCUGCUCUUUCUGCUAAACUGCUCUUUUGAGGAGGUCCAUGUCUUUAAGCCAGCCACUAGCAAAGCUGGAAACUCGGAAGCCUAUGUGAUUUGUCUUCGUUAUAUGGGCAGAGAAAGCAUUCAUCUGCUGCUUUCGAAGAUGAUACAGAACUUUGGAACAGAAAUGGUCAAAAAAGCACUUUUCCCCCAGCAUACGCUACCAGAAUCUUUUCUUAAAAUACAUGAAGAGUGUUGCAUCUUCUUCCACAAGUGCCAGGUAGAGACUAUCUCUGAGAACAUCCACCUCUUUGAGCGCAUGGAAGAAGCAGAGCAGACGAAACUGAACAAGUUAAGAGAUUGUGCGGUAGAGUUCUACAUGCAAAGACUUCAUAUGAAACCCAUUGCCAGAAAUAACUGGCUUGUCAAGAAAUCUCAGACUGGUUGCAGCAUGAACGCGAAGUGGUUUGGGCAAAGAAACAAAUAUUUUAGUACGUAUAAUGAAAGGAAGAUGCUGGAAACCCUUACGUGGAAUGAUAAAGUGGCAAAGGGCUAUUUUAAUCACUGGGCUGAAGAACAUAGCUUAAAUAAUGUUGGUAAAAUGUGCAUCUUGGAAGGAUCGGCUUCUAACCUCGAGUGUAGCUUGUGGUACAUUUUGGAAGGAAAAAGACUACCAGUGGUAAAAUGUUCUCCGUUUUGUGAUGGUCAAGUCUUGGAAAAUCUUAACGAAGCUAUGAACGAAUUGGUGAGGGGGAGGCUGAAAAGCAGGCACAUGCUGCAGAUUUGCCACUCGUGUGAAGUUCUUCCUGGGGAACUGAUUCUGGCAGAAGUGUCUGAUCUUUCCAGGUGCCAUCAGGAAGCCCUCAAUGAAAGGUGCAGUGCCCAAUUCAAGUGCCUCGUGGUGGACUUUCCAUCCCUCUGUGAUACUGAAAGCCAGCCUAGUAUGGAAGUAAAGCUCCUGAACUCGGCCACACUGCUGACUUUCAGUUUCUCUUUGCUUUAUGAUGGAGAACCAAAGUACCAGCAGCAGCUUUUGGAGUGCGUUCUGCAUUCGCUGAAUCAGCUUACAGUGGGAGACGCGUUGAUUUUGCCUAUUCUCUCUUGUUUUACACGCUUCACGGCCGGCCUGGUCUUUAUACUGCACUGCUGUUUCAGAUGCAUCACAUUCUCUUGUCCGACCUCCCACGAGCCUCUAAGGACUAGUGCCGCUUUGCUGUGUGUUGGUUACCGAGGCAUCCCAAAUCCAAUUGUUGAAUAUCUGCAGCAUCUGAAUAAACUAAUGAGCUCUUUACUAGACACAGACUCUCCCCAGCAGGUUUUGCAGUUUGUGCCUAUGGAGGUUCUCCUCCAGGGCAAGCUGUUGGAGUUUUUAUGGGAUUUAAACACAGCCAUUGCAAAGAGACAACUGCACCUGAUUGUGCAAGCUAAGCAGCAGCAAAUGACUGGUGAUGUUUCACUUUAAAAUAGUUCUAGAAUUGAGCAAGUUGCUGCUGCUAGACCUUGUUUCACAGGCAGGUAGAAGGUGUUAAAAACAUUGUGAAUGCGAAGGUAAUGUUGCUGUAAAACCUCGGUGUGACAUUGUUAAGUGUCACAGAGGAUGUUUUGAGCUAUCGAUCACACUUGUACCGUAUUGGCCUGUCCUACAGAAACCUGAGGCUUAAUCUCAGGCAUGGGGGACUUAGGAAGGACGAUGAUGGAAAUGGAGAAACUGUUUCUCCUCUCACAGCUUUCCCUGAGCAAAUUCCUUUGCGGGUCACCUGGGUCAGAACUUGCAGCCUUCGUGAUGAGAGGCGGUGUGGUGCUUUAUACCUGUUGCAUCAGGCCAGGCGAUGGGGGAUCCGGUUGUGUGACAUUAGCUCUCUUCUGCAGAGUUUUGACCCAGCCCUGUCCUUUUCCAGGGUUUGUAGAAGCAGAAACGUGAGGCUAGAACACCCGGCAGCCUGCAAGCCUGAUGUAAGACUUGGGGAUAAGUGUCCUGGGAGCAGACAGCUGCCCUGCAAAGGCUGGGUUAAAAGUGACCGCCUGUCAGCAGUAGCAGAGGUGUCCAGGCAAAGAUGCUCUUUGGUUUUAAUUUUGUUUAUGCGAAGAGCAGCAGGCUGUAUGGUUUUUGACAGGCUGUUUUAUGGCUUUGUCUCCCCAUCAAUGAUUGAGCUGUUAAAAUGUUAUUUUUAUGUGGUUUAUGGAUCCUCCUUAAAAUAAUUUGAGACUCCUGAGUAUGAAGACUUGCAUCUGUCUAUGGCAGCAGCUAUUAAUGAGGAGCUGUAAAUGUUUUUCCAGGCUAAAAAUAUGAUAUACAGCUUUGUGUAUCAAGGAAUGCUUUGGGUACCGCUGCAGGAGCAUUAAACUGAAGAAAUAUGUGAUAACUUUGGGAAAGUAUGAUUAAGAUUUUAGUUGGUUCCCCGUAAGGAUAGAAAUGAUGAAAUUGGUAACUGACUGUUCCUUUAAGGGAGUCAAAUUUUAUUUUCCAUAUUGCUCCUUUGAGAGCUAAAUUUUGAGGCCUAACUUGUGUCUAUUAACAUUUAGUUUUAAGUUUGUAGUUUACAUGGGGGGAAAAAAAAACCUGCUCAGAGGGAGAAAUGAUGUUUAAAGGAAAAAUGGCUUUGCUGUUGAUCUCAUAGAAAAAAAAUCAAAAGAAUGGAGUUAGUAAGAAGGAAAAUAUAGUCUCCUGAUGAAUUACCAGUCGCCUUCUGGAAGCACUUCUAAUUAUAUAAUGUGGGAGCUUGAAGGAUAAUUGAUUACUGGUGAGGAUUAAAAGCACUGCUGAAAAACUGUGUUGUCUGGAGGUGCUGCACAUUUAAUAGGCUUUCUUGCCACGUUGAUCGGGGCAGAGUUGAAUGUGUUUAACAGUUCAUUUUUUUUAUUUAAGAAUUUGAUAUGUGAAUGAUUUGAUGGCUCAGGUCUGACUAAUUCAUAACAUUUUCUGAAAAUCUUGCUUUUUAGUGGCAUGUGAAUAGCAGCUGCCUAACAAAAGCUUCUGGGAUUGGUCAUUGUCUGUUAAUUUAUUGAAAUGAACUUGGUCUUUUUGCUGUGAGCUGAGUCAUGGUUCCUCUCUCAGACCAGGAAGGGAACAGAGGCUCCAGAUUGGAGUAAUAGCUUCUCCUGUAAAUCAUUUUUGAACCUGUAAACUCAAGAGUGCAAGCAGGGCCACAGAUGAAUUUCAGUGAGGAAUAAAAAAGAAAUAGUGAAAAGCAGAAUAGAGAAAGGAGGAAGAAAUAUUGUAGAAGAACAGAUGAUGAGACAGUAUCAAAGAUCACCUGUAAAAGUUGUCUUUAUUCAAAACAAAAAGCAGGAUAAAGGUAUUGUCCACCAAAGACACCUCUGUGGCUCUGCCACUGCUUCCGAGGUGAUUAAUGAAGAUGUCUUGUAAAUUAGGGGUAAAUGAGAUUUCAAGUGCGUGGGUGUGCUUACACUGUGAUAUUCUGCUGUGGAGGCAUGAGUAGCCAGAAGCAUCUCAUCUAGUAGACACUUAAAUAACUUGUUUUUUUCUUACUAACAUUACUCUAAUAUUUUGAAAUUAUUAUUUUAUAGGUAAAGUAAAAUCUUGAGGUGACCGACAGGCUGUGAGAGAAAGCACAUUUAUUUUUUCAAGCUUUCCUUGGUCUGUUCUGUCUGUCUGACAAACUAUGCAGAUUUACUUGAGAUUCCUCCUAUCCCACUGUUCCCUGUAUCAUCAGUCUCCAUUUUUUCAUUUAUUUUUAGGAAAAAAAAAAAUUAGAUGGUCACAAAGCUUUGGGGGAGUUAGGACUGUGUACUUCAAGAUACACUAGACUUAGCUAGUGGGGAAAAAUAAUCCAUCUGUGUGGAAGUACCCCCCAAAAAAUGUGUGCAAGCUGUCCUGUGGAAAGCCAGGUCUCUAAACCAAAGGAAAUCCAGUGUCCUGUGGAUCCCGAUGCCCAAUUUUCUCUGGUAAUUUUUUGUUGGCAGACAUGGGGAGAUGACAAGAGAAAUGCUUUGAUGACAGCUGCUGCUUCGGUUGAAAAGAAAGGAUAUGUUUUGGAGAGUCUUUUUUUAUUAUUGUUGUUUUAAUGGCAGGAGUUUCAAAGUUGGGGAUGACACUUGUCCUUUUAAUUGUGAGAAUCCUGCCUUGUCCUAGCUGUCUUUAGACCAAAGAUUUCUUUGAGAGAAGUGACACUUAAUUUCUGUUGUGACUUUUGGAAUAUGUAAGAAUGCAUGGGAAGAAGGGAUUAACCUUUGUGGAGAGGGUCUGAUGACUCCUGCCUUCACCAAGGCUGUCAGGUUUUGGCCAAUUUGAUUUGAUUUUGGGUGACACCUGAUGCAGUGUCUCAGUAUCCUGGCUGAUUUAAAGUUGGGUUUUUUUACCUGUUUGAAGAUGAACUGGGUAUUGGUUUUCAUAAUUAGGAGCUUCAGGUUUUACACAGGGGAAAAUAGAGGGGGUGGAGAGAAGUUGAUUAUGAUAUGGUCGAGAUUGAUGCCAACUUGGGGUGAAUUUAGAUUUGCAGCUCUGCUGUUGCAGGUUUCCAAUGAAGAGCUGAUAUCUAGGCCCAAUGAUUGGCUACAACCUAUGUUGUUUUUCUGAAACUCUUUGCAUCUUUUGUUUUAAGCCAGCAUCACUUUUUGACAUCAGUUGCAUGAGGGUUGAAUGAAUUAGGUACUCCACUAAGUGAAAAAUGCUGAUUAUUUUUUUUUAGGUUGAGUUCCAUUAAAGUUAAGAGUCUUGCUACUUAUUUUUACUUAUUUUGUAUUGUAUUUAUUAUAUUCAUUUGGAUGUGCACAGAUUGUAUGUGUUCUUGCCACUGGCUUUCCAAUUUAAUUUCUGCAAAGCAUAAUGAGAUUUAUAGUAUGAAAUCCAGUAGUCUAUUAAAAUGGUACUAAUUGGUGUCUAUUCAUCUUAAUUUAAGCUGGAUCUAUCAAAUUACUAGUUGUAAAAGUAGGAUAUGUAGCAGAAUUGUAUUCUGUUAGAAAAACAACUUGGGACUUAAUGGGAAGAGAUUAAUACUACCUAUGAAGAAAGUAGGAGAAAAGAAAAACACACUUUGAUUUCUGGCCCAUGAGCUGGGCGCUUUAGGAUGCGGAAUAGCAGAAUAAUUGAAUCCUUAAUUUGCUGGAAGUAAGGGUUGAUCGCGAAGCUGAAGCCUCAGAGCCUUAUAGCUUCCUGCUACCAUUGCUAAAAAGUGUCUUUUGACAUCACUUUAAUUUCUGGUUAAUUUUCAGCAUGUUUUUAGUAGUGAAGUGGGGGAGAUCCUGUGUAACUUACUGUUUUGGGGGGUAUGAAAUGGGUUUGUUUUUCAGUAUUUGUCCCUGUGUCCCACUUCUCAACCUGAGCCUCUAAAUUUCAGCUUGUAGCCUUUGAAUAUCAGUCCCUUAUUUUUUUUUAGCACUUUAGUGAGUGAAGACUGUGAUGAAAAUUUCCUUGCCAAAGUCUCUAAUGGUUUUUCCAUCUCCUUGGUGCAACUAUUUUUGUGAAUGCCAUGCCGAUACCCUUAGUUCCAGUUCUUUGUGCGCUUCAGUCACUUGACAGAAGGAUCAAAUGGAGCUGUUUAUGCCAGAAAUGCUCUUGACCCAUGGCUGUUCGUGCAGCUGAUGGGAUUUGCUAGCCUUUCCUUGCUCAAAAUUCUUAAAAAAGGCUUUGAGGUGUAAUCACCUGAACAUACAGUUGACCAGUUGCGUGCUGCCUUUCUUGUAUGCACGGGUAUGUUCGUGUUUGCACAUGUGGAAACCCUCAGGAUUGUACAGCCAUGAAACUUUUGCUUUGUAACUAACACGUGUGCUUUUGUUUGGAAGGAUAUAUGUGUUUUUCUAAGUAGAUGAAGGGAUGUAUGUGGCUGUUUCAUAUUUUUACUUGGUCUGGAAAUGAGUGUUAAAAGACCUUUUUUCUUUUUGAAAGGAAAAUAAAUGUUAUUUGGAGAAAAUAAAGUAUUUUAUGUUAGGUUUUAAAUGUUUCUAUUUAUGUGUUUCUUU